CCUCGUGACGUCACGGCACCGCUUUCCGGCCGGUGGCAGAGUCGGGUUGAGGUUGUGGGCGUGCGGGACGCCAUGGGGGCUACUGGCGACGUCGAACAGCCGCGGGGACCUCCCGGGACAGAACGGGGCGGCCCCGAGCUGGGCGAUGCAGGCGCAGCAGGGCAGCUGGUUCUGACGAACCCUUGGAACAUAAUGAUAAAGCACCGGCAGGUGCAGCGAAGGGGCCGCCGCUCCCAGAUGACCACAAGUUUUACAGAUCCUGCCAUCUCUAUGGAUCUCCUCCGAGCUGUCCUGCAGCCUAGCAUCAAUGAGGAGAUCCAGACUGUCUUCAACAAGUACAUGAAGUUCUUCCAGAAAGCGGCUAUGAACGUUCGAGACAAUGUAGGGGAAGAGGUGGACACAGAGCAGCUGAUCCAGGAGGCCUGUCGGAGCUGUCUAGAGCAGGCUAAGCUGCUGUUCUCGGAUGGAGAAAAAGUAAUACCCAGAUUGGCCCACGAGCUUCCAGGGAUAAAGCGUGGCCGACUGGCAGAAGAGGAAUGUGCCCAUCGAGGAAGCCCCAUUCCCAAAAAGAGGAAAGGACGGCCUCCUGGACACAUCCUGUCAAGUGAGCGAGCAGCUGCGGGCAUGGUAUGGAAGCCAAAGUCCUGUGAACCGAUUCGCCGGGAAGGCCCCAAGUGGGAUCCAGCCCGGCUGAAUGAAUCUACCACCUUUGUUUUGGGAUCUCGAGCCAACAAGGCCCUAGGCAUGGGAGGCACUAGAGGGAGAAUCUACAUCAAGCACCCACACCUCUUCAAGUAUGCAGCUGACCCCCAGGACAAGCACUGGCUGGCCGAGAAUCACCACAUGCGGGCAACAGGCGGGAAGAUGGCCUACCUCCUCAUCGAGGAGGACAUCCGGGACCUUGCUGCCAGUGACGACUACAGAGGGUGCCUGGACCUGAAGUUAGACGAGCUGAAGUCCUUUGUCCUGCCCUCCUGGAUGGUUGAGAAGAUGCGCAAGUACAUGGAGACACUAAGGACGGAGAAUGACCAUCACGCUGCGGAGCCGCCUGUGCAGACCUGAGGCGGCUGUCUGGGCUACAGUGGACAGCCUGCCUCCGAGGCCUGCUUCCCCACGUCCAGAGGCCACCCCGGGACUGCGCCAGGCAGAUUGCUGCGGAAUUAAAUUUGCAUGGGCUGGUCUGUAGGGACUCACUGCAGAGCACCCCAGACUGGUCUGUGGGUCUGUAUUUUUAAAGUUACUGGGAUUAGAAGCAAUUAAAUUGUUUGUAAUGAA